UUACACUACAGUACGACGCGAUUAGAGGAAACGACGCACGAAUGAAUGUCUAGCCAUCGAUUAUUAUGGGGGAUUGAUUGACUGCCGCUACCGAUUUGUCUUGUUCGACGAAACGAACCCCUUGAUCUUCGGUGGCGAUUGAGUUUUGGAAAGGGGUGAUCGAGUCCACAUCAUCAGCGAAUCCAACUUGCUGACGAAAUCUAAUCGCCUGCCUCCACGUAAUCAAGGGUUGGCCUAAUCUUGACUCGAAUCUAAUCAUCCAGCAUCUCUUAACCGACAAUUUAGUCGGCACAAUAUUUACCAUAGAAGUAUACGUUGUAAGAACAACCUCGCCGCCUCGAUACGAUAUCGAAUUAUCCCGUCGCUCGACGGUUAGGUAGAAGAAGUCAUAAUGGCAGGUCGCAGCGACGGCCCUGGGGGCAACCGGGACGAUUAUGGAGAGGAAUGGGCUCGGGAUUUACGAAUUCAAUUCGAACAGCUUUUAAGAUCGAAACGAUUAACAGAAUUCGAGCAAUCGCGAGCGAACCGGUCGCGCGUAGACUCACCCGCUCCCCGACAACAAUUAUCGUCAUCUAACCUCCGAGCACAUUCGUCUGCGCCGUCUGGUAGUGGCAGUAGACCAUCGUCAUCAUACGCCCAUGGCUCUAGUCAUCCUUCUCCUGCAGCACCACCCUCGUAUUCCUCGUUGCGGAAUCUGCCAAAGAUUCCGACACCUCCUGCUGCCCAUGACCGAGAUUCGCAGCAAUUCCGUAGUUUGCUCGUAUCACUAUCCCUGACACCUACAAAGUACGAGAAUCCCGGCCUUCUUGACGAAGCGCUCCAAGUCAUACCAUUGGAGAGAAUAUAUAGCGAAGCCGAAGAGGAAUCUCAAGUAUUACGAGCUCAGGCGGAUAGCAUGGGUGAUGGGCGAAAACCUGAUUGGGGCUACCAAGAUUGUGUAAUUCGGGCAUUACUAAGAUGGUUCAAACGAACAUUCUUUAGCUGGGUUAAUAACCCACCGUGUCCCGUCUGCAUGUCACCGACCGUCGCGAGAGGCAGGACACAACCGACACCCGAGGAAAGCGCCUGCGGAGCGUUACGGGUAGAAUUAUAUGAAUGCUCUAACCAAGCGUGCCGGGCUUUCGAGCGAUUCCCGCGAUACAGCGACGUGUGGCGACUAUUACAGACGAGACGUGGCAGAUGCGGCGAGUGGGCUAACUGCUUCUCCAUGCUUUGCCGCGCCGUCGGUAGCCGUGUGCGCUGGGUCUGGAACGCCGAAGAUCACGUAUGGACGGAGGUCUACUCUGAGCACAAGCAACGAUGGAUUCACGUGGAUGCGUGCGAGGAAGCCUGGGAUAACCCGCGGCUCUACACUGACGGCUGGGGCAAGCAAAUGUCGUACUGCAUCGCUUUCAGUAUAGAUGGCGCUACCGACGUUACUCGCCGAUACGUACGUAAGAGCGAGCAUGCACUCGAGAGGAAUAGAUGCCCCGAAGAAGUCAUGCUUUACAUCAUGCAGGAGAUCAAGAACAUUCGGCGCGGGAACAUGAGCAAGGAGGAGCGAUUCCGAUUAGAGAAAGAAGACUCGAGGGAGGAUCGCGAACUCCGAGGUUACGUCGUCGCCUCAAUCACUCAAGCAGUUACACGCAUGGUUCCAGGACCUUCGACUUCCGCACCUGCUCCUAUUCCCACCCGACCCUCCGGCUCCUCUUCCGCAACUGAGGACCAAAAGCUCCCAGCCGAACAACCAAGCCGGCAAAGUGGUAACGCCGAAUGGGUCUCCGCUCGUGGAGAGAAUGGGCGACGCAAUCAACAAUUCCAAGACCCAAGAAACCCGCCUCGACCAUAAUCAUACUUUACAAUCCUAUCGUUAGCCUCAAUACCUACACAGCCGACAUUAUCUACACACCGCCGAACUCUACGCCACCUACUAAUUAGACGUAACGGAUUAUAUACCCUAGCAUUUAUUACACAUCGGCCGGGCAUUUAUCUGAUUUCAAGAUCAUGACGGACGACGUAUUACUGAUUCUCAUUUGUCUAAUACUAUUUCUACCCACCGCGAUCGAAACGCGUAUACCUACG